UCAUGCCUAUUUAAUGACUCCCGUGCCCUUGCCCUACCUGACUAACUUCCUACCUGCCCCUCUUUUUAAUCCAAUAUUAAUAAAAUCAUCCGCCCAAAAAAUCAAUGGAUAUGGGAGCGAUGCACGGGAUGGCGCCGUCGUCCGCCGCCGCGAACGGCACCGCGCACCGCCGCCACAUGAUGAUGAUGCACAUGACCUUCUUCUGGGGAAAGGACACCGAGGUCCUCUUCUCCGGCUGGCCUGGAUCGGGCCACCUCGGCAUGUAUCUGCUUUCCCUGGCCGUCGUUUUCGGAUUGGCGGUUCUGAUCGAGUGGCUGUCGAAUUGCAAUUACAUCAAGGACUCCGCCGACCACGUGGCGGCCGGAAUCGCGCAGACCGCCCUGUACGGAUUCCGAAUCGGGCUUGCCUACGUCGUGAUGCUCGCCGUCAUGUCUUUCAACGGCGGCGUGUUUCUGGCGGCCGUCGCUGGACACACGCUCGGUUUUUUCUUCUUCGGGAGUCGGGCUUUCAACAAGGCGCCGCCGCCGCCGCCAGCGACGGCGUACGGGAAGACCACCGAUCUUCCGCCUAUGAGCUGUAACUGCUGAGAAAUUUAUCAUUUUGAAUAUCUCCGUACGAAAUACUGUACAAAAGCAAGUUUUUUAAAUGUUUAUUGAUAUUGAUUAAAAAGGGAUGAACCUCAAUCCUCCAAGUCCCAGUGUUUCCCAGCUCAGUUAUCAAUAAAUGUUUAUUGGUAUUUUAUUAUCAAUAAAACAAGAUUUAGGAUUUUCAUGAUUUUUUUUUCAAAAUAAGAUUACACUGUGUUAAUGUGACUAUGUCCUGUGGUAAUGUGGCACUGUACAUGU